AGCUAGCGAUUGCUCUCUGAAACGAGAGAGCGAAUAGCGCUUUUCGGCCAUAGCUUUUCUUCACACGCCUCUUUGGGCCGAUCGGAAAUUGUAUUUGAUUGGAUUGGAUUGUUUAUAGAUUGUAAAGAACUUACGAAGCUGUAUUGACUUAUUGAUAACAAAUAGAACUUAAUAUAAGUAAUUGGCUUGCACGAUGAGUGAAAUUGUGGAGCAUUUAGAAAAGAUUACCCUUGAGCUUGUGGCAAACUUAGUCCAAGGCAAUGCCACCUUGAUGGUACCAAGGAACUCAUCCUCGAUCAUGACCACGGGUUAUCGACGGGUCAGCUAUAAUAACCGAGGAAGUCGUCAUAGUUUCUGCCUGCUGACCUACAUGCUUUCCCGGGUCCACCGAUUGCAAGUGCGCGGCGGAAGCUUCACUGUCCGUGGACUUUACUACAGUGAUCCGCAGCUGAUCCGCUCGCAGUCCAGGAUUGCCGAAGCCAGGCUGGAUGUCUGUCGUAUGCUGAACACAUCACCCUUAUCAUUGGGUGUACUGGCUGCCUCCAAGGGCCUGAUGGCAGGCGAUAUACGGCUGCUGAUGACCAACGGUGAUAUUCUGGAUGGCAGCUCAUAUGGUGGAGCCAUCACCUUGCCCACGGAUCCCGAGAAGAUAGAUCGUAUUGAAACGGAAGCGGACUUCCUUCUGAUCGUUGAAAAGGAAUCGGUGUUCCAGAGUCUUCUGUCCAGAAAUGUAUUUUGCACCAUGGGACAACCCUUCAUCCUCAUAACUGGCAAAGGAUACCCGGAUUGCUGCACCCGACGGAUUGUCCAUCGACUCAGCGAGGAGAAUCAACUGCCUACCUACAUUCUCGUGGACGCCGAUCCCUUUGGCAUCGAGAUAAUGCUCGUCUAUCGCCAUGGUUCGCAGGCCAUGAGUUUCUCCAGCCAAGGACUUACCACACCUUCGCUGCGUUGGAUUGGGCUACACCCCUCGGAGAUUCCCGCCCUCGGCACUGGAGCGGUUGCCCUGGUUGCCGGCGACAACAAGAAAAUCAAUGACCUCCUCGCCCGCGGCGACUUGGAGCCGGGAGUGCGGCAGGAACUGCGCAUGCUGCAGGACAUUCAGCUAAAGGCCGAAAUCGAGAGUGUCAUCGACUUCCUGACCGACGACUAUAUACCGAACAAAAUCAAUCGGAAUUUGUUUUUGUAGAGCUCGGUGGUAAAUCAAAUGAAUACGUUCGGUGUUAAGUUUAAAAUAUACUAUUUGUAUAGAACUAUGUUACAAGUUUUGAAUAUGUUAAUGAUUCGCCAAAUAACUGAUUUAGUCUGAACUAUCGUUUUUUUCAUUAAACUGAUUAAAAUAAUCCAUUGAUUACGCAAAAUAAUUAAAUAAUUUGUCAAGGCUAUUUCAAUUUUCCAUUGUUGGUGUGCAGCCAAUGUUAUUAUGUAUUCAUGCUAAAAAAUUGUUGUUAUUUUUACAAAAAAGAAUAGAAUUAAAAUAAGUGAGAUAACCUUACGUUUAAAUCGAGCAGAUUGAGUAAUGUUUAUGUUAUAUAUUUUGAAAGUGCCAAAUCU